AUGCAGAUUAGUGCUGUACAACCAGUAUUCAAGUUAGAAUUAAAUCACAAAGUUACUCCUGGUGUUAUAAUUAUAGCAAAAUAUGAUGGCACUCACCCAUGUUUAACUGCGUCAGCAGGAUAUGAUAAAAUCAUAAUACACCAUCCACAUGGUAUUGUUGGUGGCCGUGCACAGCGGUCAGAAGCACAUGCUGAGGUAUCUGAGCUAAAUCUUAGCCAAGCUGUAAUAGCGCUUGCUGCAGGUGCCUUAAGAGUCGAUUGUACAAGGGAUAUCCUACUUAUCGGUUCUCCCACCCAAAUAUUAGCCUAUGAUGUCCACGACAACACGGAUUUAUUCUUCAAAGAAGUACCUGAUGGUGUUAAUGUAAUUUCGACUGGAAGAAUUGGCAAAAGUACUGAACUGCUAGCGAUAGUUGGCGGGAAUAGUUCAGUAUUGGGUUUGAAUAGUCAAGGCGACGAAAUAUUCUGGAAUGUUGUUAGCGGAAAAGUCUCCGCUGUUUUAGCAUUUGACUUCGAUAAAGAUGGGGAAAAUGAGCUUCUCAUUGGUUGUGAAGAUUCAUUUAUAAGGGUGUUAAAAAAUAAUCAGUUCAUGGUAGAACUACCUGAAACAGGACCCGUGUUAUGUUUAUCUCCAAUAUCGGAAGUAAGAUUUGCAUAUGGAUUAGCUAAUGGAACUAUUGGCGUUUAUGAGGAGGGGAUUCGCUUGUGGCGAGUAAAGUCGAAGCAAAACGCAAUCUCGCUACAAUGGUCAGGCGAGAGUUUGGCGUGUUGUUGGAGUAAUGGUCGAGUAGACUGGCGCGACAGUGGCGGUCGAGUAUUGAGGCGAGUGCAGCUGCGCUCGAAUGCUGCAGCUAUGUUGCUCGCAGACUAUAGAUCUGUGGGUGUUCCGGACUUGGUCUGCGUUUCUGAUAAAGGCGAAGUUUUGGGCUUCCCGCCAUUUCAAGAAGACUCUGGUUUUAACUCUUCGAAGAGACUAGCUUCUGAAGAGGACAGGCUCGCGAUUACCGAGUUACUGAGCAAGAAACAAGCCCUGAUGGUGGAGUUGCAGCAUUAUGAAGCCAAUACUGUCUCAGAUAGCCUUGAAGCCAGUCGUCCUUCAUCAGCUAUGCCAACUAAUACUCGUUUACAAGUAGCUGUUACUGCGGAUACUGAAGAAGGCUGCAUCCAGCUCCCAAUUUCAACAAACAACGUAACAGUCGUUCGCGCAGCCCUUGUCCUGGCCGAGGGUGUAUUUGAAACGGGGGAAACGCUAGCGCGACACCCGCCUCCGGGUCGUUUGCGACCCAUCCUGUAUAUACCGUUGAGAUCUCCGAGAGAUAUACCGGUUGAUGUUCAUAUAAAGGCACUAGUUGGGUAUCCCGAUAGUGAACAAUUUCACAUAUUUGAGCUAACAAAACACCUGCCUAGAUUCUCUAUGUACAAACUAGCUCAAUCAACUGUAAGUGUGGAAUCCGACAGUUACGUAACAUUUCGAAUCACAGAGAGGGUUCAAAGAAUAUGCAUUUGGUUAAACCAGAACUUUCUUCUCGAUGAGGAAUUUGAGAUAGAAAAUGAGGACAGCAAAGAGUUGCAUGUAAACUUUCUGUGUCUUAGGGAUAGAAGUUAUUUGGGAAUGGAUUUUGCGGCAGACGGGCAAGUUAUGUUUAAAACUACAGAUAUAAGGUUGGCGGGAGAUUUGAUUCAGAGUUUAGCUGUUUUCUUGAAUUUGUCUGAUUUACAGUCUACCGCUCAAUUUCCAAAGGCAGAAGAAUUAUUGAGGUCGGAAAUGAUGAAUGCAUCUGAAGUAGGAGAAACAAGAUCACGUUUAGCUGCUGAAAGCGCAGAAAAAGCUCAAUUGAUCACUGCUUUACUACCAGCUGCAAUUGAUGCGGCAACUUAUGACUUAAAAGAAAUGCUGAAUCGUUAUAAAGAGGUAAUGCUUCUUAAUGAAGAAUUGUUAACUGGGUGCCAUAUUCGAAGAGCUUCGCAAGAGCAAACAAUUGCGUCGCUUAAAAAUUUACACACUAUUUUACAACAAGCAGCUCGGUUAAGAGUGGGCCAGUAUAGUAAAGCAGCAGUGGCAGCUUGUAGAAAAGCAGUACAAGAGAAUAACACUGAAGCUCUUAUUAAAAUAUUACAAGUUGGAGAUGCAUAAAAAAAAACUCAAAAAUUCAGAAAAUAAUUUAUUUCAUUUGUAAUCAGUUCUUUUGUGCAUGUUUUAGCAGUAUAUAUUGUAUAAAUAAAAUGUUUGUUAUAAUUAAACCAU